AUGGCGCUCCCGCCAAACGCUAGGGGUAUCGACCCUGCGAUAUCUCUGUUCAACCAUCUCGUACUGCCAGGACAGCUUCCCGGAUCUUUGGAUCCUAACUUGCCCGAACUAGAGACUGAGCUUGCGGACCGUAUCCUACAAGUCUCGUGUUUCAUGCGAGUUAACGCGGGCGACAAGUCAUCUCGGUUGUGGGAAGCCAUUGGCCGUUCAAUCACCAGCAGCAGGACGAUUAACUCAAAUGGCCGUAUUGAGAGCGCAAUUCUCGAAGAGGCCAUGGCGAAAAUGGAGCCGUCUGACUUCCUCCUCCUUCACAUUCCGCGCCAGAAUGCCGCUGUGUAUAUCUAUUUUCCUUCGGACUCGGAACUGGUUGGAAAUGUGGUUUUCGAAGCAUUCGAAGCCUCGCCACGCAACAAGGACGUGCAGGCUAGCCUAAGUGCUCUAAAAUGGGAGUUUCCCGGAUCUGCCGUUGCAGUCCCCAUCUCGACGCUCGAAGAUGAGUCGUUCAGGAAGAACCUAUCGUCAUUUCUCGAUAACGCCUCUGUGGAGAUCCCCUUAGAGUUCUCGGCGCACGCAUCGAAGGCUGGCUCUCGAACCCAUGAGUACCGAGAUUCAGACGACCCAUCCAUCAUCACGUCCCUACUAAUGACCAUUCUCGAGGGAAAUGGUCGGAGGAUCUCGACCAAGAAAUUGUGGAAGAGGGUACGUGAUGAAGUCUGUUGGGAUAAAGGACCCAAGCCCUGGCGCCGCAUGCCGUACUGGCUUGUUCUUCGCGUUGCAUUGCAACGCUAUCUCUGCCAUCAUCUUGGAGAUGAGAUCGGUCGAGUGGAGUAUAAGUUCGCAGUCUGCUUAUUGCUGUCCGAAUUCGCGCAUUCUGUCGAAGCAUUCUCGGAUAGCCUUGAUAGAAUCGCUCUCCUCCGAACCAAGCUCUGCCGGAGACUGGCGAAACUUGAUAUUGAUAGGGCACGAAGUCAAUGCCCUUCUGUUUCGGCGCAUUGUGAGCUAUUGUUCGGUACCGUCGGACCACGAAUUGACAAAGAUAUCGCCUCUAUCAACACCUUCAUCGGAGACACCUGGUCUGGGUUCUUAGCGGAUACUAGAACUCGCCUCCCUCUGCUUCAGAAGCAUGCGACCCCUGGAGAGCUCAAAAUGAGUCUUGAUAGGAGUCGCGCUAGUUUGACGCAGAUGAUCGAAAACCACCGCGCUCGCACCUUAGAGCAGAAUGGCAAAGACUCUGACGACCCAGUCCAAAGUCUCUCAGUGUCUCGUUCCGUCGUUGGAAAUGAGUUCGCAAGAAAGCACUUGGAUCUCUCAAAAUUAGAAGUGCAAAUUCAAGACUUGCUGGCCAACCUUGACGCCGACCAUGAGACCACUUGUCGGGCAAUUUCCCGGAUGACCAGUCUUUACAUCGAGUCUUCUCUUCCUUUAUACCAAGGUAACGCCGAAUUGCUCUCAGUCAUGGUCCUCAACGUCAUGGACCUCUGGGUCGAACUUGACAAAACUGCUUGCCUUCUCUAUCCUCUCUUAAAUGAGUAUCACCCCAUCUUCACCGCGCCAAUGUUUGACGGCUUGCUUCUUCCGCGGCUGUUGGAUAUGAUUCGUCUUCAAAAGAUCCAAUUGUACCUUAGACAGAGGGUCGACGCCAGUAGCCAACAUCGUCACACAAUCCUAGAUCACCCUCGACCAGGCUGUUUUGCCGAAAGGUUUGUCGCAGACGAGCCUUUGAAGAGUUCAUAUGUUGGCCUUUAUCAGAGCAUCGAGGAAUAUGCCGCCGGCCGACUUGAAGAAAAAAGACGCGAAUGGGAGCGUAAAACCCACGAGUAUCAAGAAAUGAUACGGAUAAUAAACACCACGUCCUGCACCAUCCAGUUCUUGGACAGCGCGGACUCGCGGUGGCCCAAGCCCAUCCAUCGCCCUUCGGAGUGCUUGCGAUGUAUCACAAAAGAAAAGGCCGAGGGGAUACGCAUUGAACUAUACGAACACCCGUUGCCCUCUGACCCUUCGUUCGCAAAGGCCGUAGUUUUCGAACUUCUCCUCCCACGCUCAUUUUCUUUAUAUCGCGAUACGACAUGGUUGAUUAUACACCGCUUGGGUACCACAGGGUCCUUAGAAACGAAGUUACCAAAGUGCACCCUUCUGGAUUACGGCCCUCUGAAGAGAUUCCUGAGCCAGGAUACGAUCCCCUCAAAGGUGACUCUUGCAUCGACGUCAAAACCCUUUUUGAGAACGCAUUACAGACACGCAAAGUUUCCUAUCGAAUGGGACAAAAUCUGCAAGCCCAAUGGCUUGACAAUGGGAUAUUGCGAUGUGACUUCGUCCACGUGGAUGGGGAGGCACCGGAUCGAGCCAUCCUUUCACCAACAUUUCAGGGUUUCUUUCCCCGAGAAGUUUCCCUGCGCACAGCUUUUACAGGCAUCCCUCAGCCCUGGCGGAUCCCGAUCAUCCUACGAGAUUAUGGCAAUCGAGUUAGGUUCUACGAAUUUGAACUUCUCGAGUGAGGCCACCGCCAGCCUUGUCACUUACUUGGCUGUCCAGGCUGGACCUGCUCAUGGGACAGAUGAGCCCUACCGCGCUCUCCACGGUAUCUUUCGAGACGAAACCUUCGGAGAAGCCCUUGCGAAUCAGCUAUCCUCUAGGUUGGAUACUAUGGUUUCCAACUGGAGAGAGGUUUAUCUGAUGGAGUUGGUUAUUUCCUUGGCCCUUCGACUGUUUGAGCUCGCUGUUUCACGCGAGAAAGCUGCCCAACUCAUCCUAAGAGCGAGGUCUAUCUGCCUCAAAUGGGUACGAAUACUUCGAGGGGAAACAUUCCGCUCGAAGACAAUUGAGGCAGCUCAAAGGCUCCAACGAUACACCCUCCGGGCAGCCCUUCUGUGCCGCCGUACCUUUGAAAUUUGCCGUGGCUGUUCCAUAAUCAAUGUGGACGACCUUGCCGCGUACAUUGAGGCUAGCAUUUCGGUAAACGACAACCUAACAAGCGAACUCGACGGGCUACCGGAGCCGCUCCAGUAUGCGAUUGCCAGAGAUUUAAAAUUGGCGUUUGACCUUGAUCACUCGGUCAUUACUUCCAUGCUAUCUCAGCCCAAUGGCCUCCUGCUCGCUCUUUCUGAGAUUUGGCCUGAUGCCGGAGAUGAUGAGAGACGUAUCGGAGGACCCAUCACCCCAUUUUCCGGAUUUCGUAUCCAUAUCGGCUGGGAGGGUGAUGAGCUUGUAGUCCUGGCUGUUGGAAGCAGCAUGUCACUCCGGUUUGUGCCGGGCAAGAUACUUGCGGGCGACCUCCCACAGCCCCUGAUUGAUGGGCAUGUCCACUGGCUGCGUCGGAAUACUCAAGAAAUCGUUCAUCUCAUCCGUAACCGACCCUCCAAAAUCAAGACCCCGCAGGAUCUCGCGGACUACUUGUCAAAAUCGGAUACAAUUGGCGGCCGUAACUCUUCUAUUGAAGAUAUGGCACUCAGUGAUCGGCUUGGAAUCGAUCUAAGGAAACACUGGGGGUCCCUGGUAGAUCUUGCAAGGGAAUCCACUAAUCCGUUCACACUCAUGUUCAAGCUUGCCCCAAUGGCGUACAACAGAGAGGCCGACAUGGAACUGGCGAGAACGGUGGCGGCAUUCGCAAUAUUUGACGAGCUGAAAAGGAUCGAAGCUCCAGACUGGCCUGAGUAUCAUAACUUCAAACCAGGGAAAGAACCUGAUCUCAACUAUCUUCUAGAAAUGGUUCAGCCAUAUCGCCAGCCCCUCCCUACCACCGAUGUUGACGUACUCGAGAACCUCGCCAGUGGAAAGCAGCGCCGAAAAGCUCAGAAGGAGGCCGAUGCUCAUCGAAGAAGAGUUGAUGAAGACUGUAAGAAGUUUGUGACACUUCUGAUGGAGCAGUGGCCUUGCUUACAACCAAGGAUCCCCAAUCCUGACAAGGAUCUACUCCUAGACGUUGAGCAAGCUUACCGGGCCAUUUCGCUGGAAUGGAUAUCUCUCUACCAAAACAGAGAUUUUUCGAACUACCUGGUGGAAGUUCAGGCCGUACUAAACCAGCGAAGAGCGGAGGAUGUGUUCGAACCCGAACAGUUCAUCCCCGUCGAUGAGUAUAUAAGGGAACGCACAAGAGGCGGCGAGGUCCUGUCACUUAUUGAUCUACUCCGAAAGCCUUUUAAGCCUCCUAUGUCGCCGAAAGAACUAGCUCCGAGCGGUACCACACCUCUAACAUGGCAACAAGUCCUCGGAAAGCACAACCGCACUUCUCCACACACCCGGCGGCACAUUCCUUCACCGCAAAAGAGGUACUUCACGCCUUCGGCAUCUAGAGCUGGAGUUAUGCCGAAACCCAACUAUGAGUCCCUCAAUGAACUCCAGACCAUUGCUACUCGCCUCUGUGCAUCCGGGUCGAGGGUUCGUCAACGAUAUGGCGAAGAUUUAGCGCAAAGUAUUCGGGGUUUCCGCUACCGAGUACAUGAAAACUCGAACCAUGGAGGGCGGUCAGUUCAAACCAAUGGCGGUGCUGGCGACCCAUUUUCCGAAGUAGAUACACAGUUUCGCUCCAUUCAGACAUCAUUCGAAACCCCAGAUGCCUCACUUACUUCGCCCCAAAUUCGGUGGCUCAAGGCAGGACACCUCUGGCCUGCUAUAACCCAAUGCACUCUCCUGGGAUACCUAAGAUCGGAAGAAUCAAUGAAACUUCUGCAUCAGACAAUGAAAUCUGCCUUAGUUGGCUAUGGUAUCUUGAUUACCAAGUGCCAACGGGAGCUCCGUAUCCACAGUUACUUGGGCUAUAACAGCCACCGAGCGAGUGAGGAAGAGGCCAAUAUCGGCCAUACUAACUGGAGCCCCGAACAGCAUCCGUACUGGUUACUCUUGGAGAUCGAGGCCGAUGUUCUCAUUCGACCGGACCAAGUCGAUGUCGCCUUGGCUACAAUUAACCCCGCUUCAGGAGAAAACUCCGUUUUGCAGAUGAACAUGGGACAGGGUGCGUAUCAAGUGGAUAUGUCCGAGCAGAGAGAGACCAGAUACACUAACUCCAUUCCUAAAGGGAAAACUUCGUGCAUUAUUCCCAUGGUUUCGGCGGCCCUUGCUGACAAGCGUAACCUCGUCCGAAUCAUUGUUCCGAAGCCUCUACUCCAACAGACGGCUCAGAUCUUGCAAUCACGACUUGGAAUCUUCCUUAACAAACGGCUGGGUUAUGUACCUUUUUCAAGGAAAACUCAAACAGAUCGGGAUACCAUAACUGCCUUCUUCAAGUUCCACAAAGACAUCCAAGAGAGCAGGGGUGUCAUGAUCUGUCUACCCGAGCAUAACCUAUCCUUCAUGCUGAGUGGGCUCCAGAGACUCUUAGAUGGAAAAUUGGCGGACGCAGAACGUAUGAUUAAGAUCCACCGAUGGUUCGGAACCGUCUGUCGCGAUGUGCUGGACGAGUCCGAUUAUACCCUAGCGGUCAGGACCCAGCUUAUCUACCCGUCCGGCACACAAAUGACGGUGGAUGGUCACCCUCACAGGUGGAAAAUCGUCCAAGCCCUGCUUCGCCUAGUCGACUUGAAUCUUCACGACCUAGCGAGAGAGUAUCCUCACUCCAUCGAAGUGUACCGCGGCCACCAGCGAGGGUUCCCAUUCCUGUAUUUUCUUCGCCGCGAUGUGGAGGAUGAAUUAAUCAAUCGACUUAUCGCCGAUGUCCUCAAAAGAGGCAGUGCGCUGCUUCCCAUGGACGACCUUGCGACAACGGAACGUCAUGCUGUCGAAGAAUUUCUGAGAUGUACCAAUGUCAAAAAGGCAAGUGUCAAGGUAGUCCGUGGACUCUUCCGGGACAAACCAAGCGUCCGCCACGCCAUUUACCUCCUACGCGGUCUCUUGAUCGGACGCAUCUUGAUCAUGACGCUCAAGAAACGGUGGAACGUACAAUAUGGAUUGCACCCUAGCCGGGAUCCCAUUGCCGUGCCGUUUUAUGCCAAGGGCGUGCCGAGCGAUCAGUCAGAAUGGGGCCACCCCGACGUCGCCAUUCUGUUCACCUCCUUGUCGUUUUACUAUGGCGGACUCUCAAUGCCACAGUUGAAGCAGGCUCUAGAGCAGGUUCUCAAUUCCGACGAUCCGUCAAUCGAGUAUGAGAAGUGGAUCAACGGAUGCGAGAACUACCCUGGCUCCUUGAAGAGCUGGAACUCGAUUAACGUGGAGGACGAGGUUCAGCUGCAUCAAGUCUGGAAUGCACUACGGUACAAGACUGCGGUGAUCGAUUACUUUAUGAAUACUUUCGUUUUCCCGCGGCAUGCAAAGCAGUUCAAGGUGAAAUUGCAAUCCAAUGGUUGGGAUAUCCCCGUCUUUCCACCUCCUUCGGGACAGCAUGAGAAUUCGAGUACAAGGUCCAAGGCGAAGGCGUUGAGCACCGGAUUUAGUGGUACUAAUGACAACCGAAAUAUGCUUCCUCUCAACAUCAAGCAGGAGGACCUUGCUCGUCUGUCUCACACAAACGCCGAAGUGAUGACAUAUCUGCUGCAGCCAAGAUCCCGGGAGUGCGUUAUGGCCUGUGAUGCCGACGGAAGGCGGCUGACGGAAACCGAAAUCUUGGAGCUGAUGUCUAAUCUGAAAAUAAGAGUGUUGAUCGAUGCUGGCGCCCAAAUCCUAGAGAUGGACAACAAGACGCUCGCUCAGAAGUGGCUGGAGAUCGAUACCUCUGCCGACGGCGCUCUCUACUUUGACAACGACCGGCCCCUUGUCAUAACCCGGUCCGGAGCAGUAACCCCACUGCUUGCCUCGAAUUUUGCAGAUGACAUGGCCAAAUGUCUAGUAUACCUUGACGAGGCCCAUACAAGAGGAACAGACCUAAAGCUUCCGCCAACCGCCUGCGGUGCCUUGACUUUGGGACUCGGCCAAACCAAGGAUCAUACGGUACAAGCGGCGAUGCGACUUCGGCAGCUAGCGACGACUCAAUCCAUCAAGUUCUUUAUUCCCCCAGACGUAUACCAAAGUAUCGCCGACUUGAGGGGAAAGUCAGUCAAUAUAGACUCCCUAGACGUACUUGUUUGGCUCAUCCACAACACAUGUGACGGCAUAGAACAGCUCCAACCGCUUUACUACUCCCAAGGACAAGCAUUCUGCACCCGGAUGCAGGCAUCUCUGGACAACCCCGAUUUCCUCAGCAAUGGAGAACAGAGGGCCAAGUUCAUUUCGGCAAUACGACAGGAUGAGCUUCAGACCUUACAGCAAUUGUACGAGCCAAAGCAGCGUCCGAAGAUAACACAAGGCACACAAGCUCGCGACUGCAGACUCAAGGGGUUCGUCGAAGAGCUAGAAGCCCGACGGGCUGCGUUUCAGGACACUGGUCAGGCUGUGCACUCGUCUGCACUCCAGGAGGUCGAGCAAGAACGCGAGGUGGCAUUCGAAGUCGAAGCAGUUCGACAGCUGAAGAAACCGAUCAACUAUCCGGCAUUGUCAUUCAGAGGCUUGAGUGAAGAACUCAAGAAAUUUGUGGAAACCGGACGGUUACCGGCAGCUCCGAGCAGUGUGAUGGGCAUGCUCGACGCCAUCUCGAAGACUCACUUGGGAGCUAAAUUCCAGGUAAUUCAGCCCGGCCGUCCAUCAAAAUUGUUCGUCUCUAUGGAAUACAAUCGAACAGUCCAAGGACAAGCUAGUUUGGCGAUUGAUAACUUCCUGCGGCCCGUUAACUGGGUUCUAUGGGGUGUGGAGUCCAAGGUGGCCGUGAUCAUAAUCCCCGAAGAAGCCGAAGCCAUUAUCCCUCUCUUGAGAAAACUGGAAAGAUCGCGCCGACCUCCUCCAACGCACUUGCUCACCUAUUCUGCACCGGUGACGCGGAAGAUGAUCGAGUUUGAUACCAUGAAAUUCUUCGCCAUUCCACCCAUGCCUCUAGAGUGGGAGGGACCGCAUUGGUUGAAGACUCAACUGGGAAUCUUUUCUGGCAGGCUUUAUUUCGAGUGGAGCGAGUUUGGGCACAUCUGCGAGUUCUUAGGCAUCGUUCACAACGCCGAAGAACAAGUCGGGUCUAGCGGGCAAGCAGCGGAUUCCAACGACUGCAGUGCGGAUCCGGUGAUCAACAAGGAGAAUAGGAGGUUUACAAAGCGGCCGCUCACUUUCUUGCAGGAGUGGUUGGCGCUACGACGUCGCGGUCAGGACUUCAUACAUACGCCCAUGGGCUUUGUCACACAGGGGAAGUCGCUGUAUGAGGACCACGCGUUCUUCAAGCACUAUGAGCCUCCGAAGGAAGAGGAUUUCGAGUUUCCACUCGCAGGGGACCAGGAGGGUGGCUCGGAGGAUGACAGCGAUGAUGUGAUUUCGGACGAUGGAUAUAUACAGGGCGAGGAGGUAGGGGUCGUUCCCGAUCAUCUGCCCACAGGUGCCUACGAUGGAGUUGAGGGGAGAAGUUAG